GGCAUAUACGUAAAUCGCCACUGUACGAAUAUUAGAAAUAAGAUGAAGCGUUUAAGAUUACUGUUUUCCAUGUGUUUACUUAUGUUUUGUACAUUUUUGAUGGACGCCAAUGCUGCUAGAGAAACUUCAAAUCCUGGGAUGACACCCGACUCGACAUGCUCUGGUAAGCGGGAAAAAUAUCUGGCAGAUUAUUCACCGGAAGAUCCAGUAGAUAAAGUCCACUGUGACUAUUACAAAUGCAGUAGGGCUAACAAGUAUGUGAAGGAGACAUGUCCGGAGAAUCAAGCAGUGAGUAAAUUAGCACUAGAAAGAGCUGCAGCAACCAAAGCUCAAAGUGUACACCCGUGUGUAGAUCAACCCGGGGCGUGUUUG